AUGGGAGUCGGACAAGAUGGUGGAGCAGCCAGGGCCAAGUGUUUUCUGGCAGGGUGGAAUGUGGCUGCGAAGCCUUGUGACUACUGCAAAUCUGCGGUGGCGCUGCUAUUUUGUAGGACGGACUCAGCCUUUAUGUGCAUGGCAUGUGAUUCAAAGGUGCAUGAUGUGAAUAACAAAUCCUUGUCUUUAUCGAGGCAUGAACGUGUGUGGAUGUGCGAAGUGUGCGAGCAGGCACCGGCUAGUGUCACGUGCAAGGCUGAUGCUGCCGCCCUCUGCGUCGCCUGUGAUCGUGACAUCCAUUCAGCCAACCCUCUCGCCAGCCGCCACGAGCGAGUUCCGGUAGUGCCUUUUUACGAUGAUGCCGAGUCCUUGGUUAAGUCCACCGCCGGAUCUCUCCUGGUGCCUGACUCCACUAGUAAUAUCAUGUUCGCCCCGCAGGACAGCUUUGUUGCCGAUCCUUGGAUUUCUCAAAACCCAGUUACUAUGUCAAAACAUUCUUCUGAUACGACAGACAUGAAAUCCAUGGAAUUUUUGUUUUCCGAUGACCAAUUCCUGGACUUGGAUUAUCCAAUUUCAUCGCAACCUGACAGUGUUGUUCCUGUACAGACAAUGAAAUCUACUUUCCCAACAAAAUUGACUGAUCAUUCAUCGGAAAAUCUAUUCGAAAUCGAUUUCACAAGAUCCAACAUUAGUUCAUACAACAACAGCUAUACUGCCACAUCUUCUUUUAGCCAAAGUGUUUCAUCAUCUUCAUUGGAUAUCGGGGUUGUGCCUGAGGGGAGCUGUUUUUCGGAAUCAUCGUACCCUUUUGGCGUUGAUCUGAGUGGAAAUCAAGGUUCCCAGAUUCUUGGAAUGAACAGGGAAGCAAGAGUUUUGAGGUAUAGAGAGAAGAGAAAGAACAGGAAAUUCGAGAAGACUAUACGGUAUGCAUCCCGAAAGGCCUAUGCCGAAACAAGGCCAAGAAUCAAAGGCCGUUUCGCCAAAAGAUCAGAGGCAAUUGAAUCUGAUAUUGAUCAAUUUUUCAUCACUGAUGAAAGAUACAGUAUUGUUCCCUCAUUCUGA